GAUAGUGAUUGACCAUUGGAAAUGUCCGAACAGUGAAAUUGAUAAUUGUUAUUGAGUGGAGAUACUUAAGCCUGUUUGAUAAUCAGAUAAUUGUUUACGUUAAUAAAUAUUAAAAAUCUGUUGAGCAACAAAUGAUCUCAGUCGCCCUGGAAUUUAAUCGAUUAGUUACUUAUCGUCCGUUACUUUAGCACUAGGUACUGUAUUAUUGAUUUUAGCGUACAUAUUACUUUACUCCGACUAAUCAUUUCGAACUUUGAAAGUUUUUAUAGAAUCAUUCAUUUGUUGUGAAAUAUGGGUACCAAGGUAUGUGAUAUUGGUGAUGAUGUAAAAGAAACAUUGAGAAAAUUUCGAUUCCGUAAAGCAACAACAAAUGCUGCUCUUAUAAUGAAAGUAGACAGAGAAAAACAGCAAGUUUGUGUGGAUGAAAUACUAGACAAUGUAACACUUGAAGAACUGAGAGAAAUCUUACCUGGUCACCAGCCACGUUAUGUGAUUUACUGCUGCAAAAUGGAACAUGGAGAUGGUCGUGUUUCAUUUCCAAUGUGUUUUAUAUAUUUUACUCCAAGAGAUAGUCAUAUGGAAUUGCAAAUAAUGUAUGCCGGUACAAAAAUGGCCUUGCAGCGAGAGGCCAAUUUGACUAGAGUGUAUGAAGUAAGGGAAUUGGAUGAAAUGACAGAUGAAUGGCUGCAAGACUGUGUUAUGGGAAAAUAAUAUGUUUGUUUGGGUGUAUUGUCAAGUAUUAUGACAUAUAAUAAUAUAAAACACUAAUUAUUACAGUGUAAUGACAUGAAGUAGUACAAUAAUUAAAAUAAGACAACUGUAAAACCAUUGCCCUAUAAUUUAGAAUCAUUUAACACUAUUAGUACACACCUUUCCAAGUUAUAGUAAGUAAUAUUUAACACUUUUUUUAUAAUAAUUUCUAGGCAUUUAUUUUUGUCACAUUUA